AUGAGCGACAUCUUGAGUAUCACCGGAGAACCAAUCUUCGACGAUCGCAUCGUCAAGAUCGAGACUCACACGUACAAUCCUUACGCUAAUACCACAUUUGAAAAUAGCGACGAGAUACGAAUUCCUAUACAACAACAGGAUCUGUACACCUUACCCUGCGAGAGUUUCCUCUACAUCGAGGGCACACUCGAGUCGAAGAAACCAUCGGAUGCGGAGAGCGAAAGCUCGGCGAGACUGGUGAACAAUUGCGCCGCGUUCAUGUUCGAGGAGAUUCGCUACGAGCUCGAUGGGGUAGAGAUCGAUCGAAGCAGAAACGUCGGGAUAACGAGCACGAUCAAGAAUUACGCGUCGCUGACGGUCGAGAGAAGCAGCAUAUUGCAAAACGCCGGAUGGGACUUCGCGGCGAAGAGUCACGCGAUCGACGAUUUUAACUUCUGCGUACCUCUCAGCGUGUUACUAGGUUUCUGCGAGGAUUACAAGCGCGUCGUGAUCAACGCGCGACACGAACUUAUCUUGAUACGAGCGCGCAACGAUCACAAUUGUCUCGUAUCGCGCGAAUCGCACGAACCCAAGAUCGUUCUAUUAAAGAUACAAUGGCGAAUGCCUCACGUAGUGUUAAACGAUAUUAAUAAAUUAGCGCUAUUGCGUACAUUGGAAAGCGGAAGAUAUCUGAGCGUCGCUUUUCGUUCGUGGGAUCUCUACGAGUUUCCGCUUCUUCAGAGCACGACCAAACAUUCGUGGGCGGUUAAAGCGGCAACGCAACUAGAGAAACCGCGUUACGUUAUCUUCGCGCUGCAAUCCGGAAGGAAGAACGUUCUGCUUCAAGAUGCCUCCAUGUUUGACGAUUGUAAACUAACUAACGUCAAACUGUAUCUUAUUCGGAUUUUUAUCCUUACGACGAUAUGA